UAAUGUACCUACGAAUAAAUAAUAAUAUUUAUUUUAAAGUUUUGUUGUUUAUUGUAGUUAAAGUACUGUUAAGUUCAUUGUAAUAUACUUUGAUUGACUGGAUAUACAAUAAUUAUAUUGCCGAUUACUGGAAUUACGAUGUCAAUCCCAGAUCCAGAUUCAGAACAAACAAAUGGAAGUACGAUGGAUCAAAUGUCACAAAUAAGUUAUUCAAGUGCCGAUGAAAUGGGAAACUUGUCAAUAGUUAAAAUUGAAACAGAUGAGACAGAUAAUUAUUACUACAACAACAUGAUUAACGUAGAGUUGGAAAAUUAUCCGCUGAACACUGAACUUACCAAUGUCGAUAACGUAAUAAAUGAGACCAAAAUUAAAACUGAAUUACAAGAAACAGAUGAUCGUUUCUACGAAACGAAGAUAAAAGUAGAAGAGUCAUUUAAUGCAGAACUUACCAAUGUCAAUGGUGUAAAAAAUGAGACCGAAAUUAAAACUGAAUUACAAGAAACAGAUGGUUGUAUCUACGAGGCAAAGAUUAAAGAAGAAGAUCUAUUUAACGAAGAACUUACCAAUUUUGAUGAAGUGAAAAAUGAGAUUGAAAUUAAAACUGAAUUACAAGAAACAGAUGAUGGUUUCUACGAGGUGGAGAUUAGAGUAGAAGAUCCGUUUAGCGCAGAACUUAAUGCGAAUGAAAUUAAAGCGGAAGAAUCUAAUAUAAAUGAUCAACUGGCUCGAAUAAAAAGCGACAAAUAUUCAAACAAAUUACAAUCGUUCAUAUGUGAUUUGUGUAAAAAAUUGUUUAUUACCAGAAGACAAAUAAUCCGCCAUUUGGCUAGACACAAAAAAAAAUGCACUGAAAAUAAGCCCUUCAAUUGUGUAGUGUGUUUACAAACUUUUAAGAAAAAAUGGAAUCUGAAUAUACACCAACGUGUCCAUACCAAAGAAAAGCCGUACAAAUGUGUUAUAUGUGUAAAAUCAUAUUCGCACAAACUCAGUCUGAUAGUACACGAACGCACGCACACCGGCGAGAAGCCCGAUCAGUGCGAUGUGUGUUUAAAGUAUUUUUCUCAAAGUUCUAGCCUCAGUAGACACAAACGCACGCACACUGGUCAAAAAAGCUAUAAGUGUGACGUGUGUCUGAAGUAUUUCACUCGUAAAACCUAUCUGACAGUACACAAACGCGUGCAUACCGGGGAGAAGCCCUACAGCUGUGAAGUGUGUUCAAAAUCUUUCAAGGAAGGUGCUGAGUUAAACAAACACAAACGCGUGCAUACCGGAUAUAAGCCACACAAGUGUGUGACGUGUUCGAAGACUUUUUCUCGAAAAUCUCACCUUAUAGCACAUGGACGUGUGCACACCGGCGAGAAGCCGUUCAAAUGUAAUGAGUGCUCAAAAACUUUUGCUAAUAAACCGAACCUCAUCACACAUAAACUCAUACAUUCCAGUGAAAAACCUUACAAUUGUGAAGUGUGCUUUAAAGGUUUUACUGUAAAGUCUUACCUUACUCAACACCAAAAUGUGCAUACCGACACAAAGUCUUUCCAUUGCGAUGUGUGUUUAAAAUAUUUUUCCGACAAACACAACCUGCUUAUACACAAACGCAUUCAUACUAGAAAAGAGCCCGACAAAUGUUAAGUGUGUGUAUUGUUUUUUUUUGCCAAAAUCUAAGAUGGUCUCAUUUCAAUUCUGUAAAAAUAUUUGAGUUUAUCGGGCUCUUGAUUAUUUUAGGAAUUUAUUUUUAAAAGAAACAGGUUUUUGAAAUUCGACUUCACAAAAUCUAAUCAUUAUAAAUAGCCAUAAUUUUGUCAGACUUUUAGGUCUAGAUUGGUUUCUUGCGAGAACAAAAUGGCUUUUACUCAUAGAAAAAAUUAUAUAUGUUAUAAAUUAUACCCUGAGGCUUGUAAAAAAUUAUCCUGGAAAUAAAUUUACUCCAUUCUGUUUUUAAUUUAAUACAUGUGUUAUGACAUAAAUAGUUUAACCCUACUUGAGUUGCAAUUAAAAAAGAAUAUUAUGAUUGUAAGUACAUUGUGUAGUAAAAUUUAAAAACUUUGAAAAAACACAAAAUUUAGACCGAAGACCUUAAAAUCCAUAUUAUUGUAUUAAUGU